AUGGCGGACAUCGAGCAAAUAUUUCACUCGUUCCACGUCACUCUGGCACAUCGGGACUUUUUGCGAUUCUUUUGGUAUAAAAACAACGAUCGAGCCAAAAACAUAAUUGAGUACAGAAUGGGAGUUCACCUAUUCGGAAAUGGUCCCAGUCAUGCAGUGGCAACUUUUGGAUUGCGAAAAACAGCCGAAGACAACAAGGGAGUUUUUGGACCUACCUGCAGGAACUUUGUUUUCAACGACUUUUACGUCGACGAUGGCCUACGGUCUGUAGCCACUUCUGAAGAAGCUAUCAGCCUUUUACGCAAUACACAAGCUAUGCUAGCCACUGCCAAACUAAGAUUGCAUAAGGUGGUUUCGAACGACAUAGAUGUGGUGCAAGCUCUAUCCGUAGAAGACAGAGCAAAGGUUCUCCAAUGUUUGGAUUGUUUGGACAAGACCCAAUCCCUGUACAACGAUCUCUUGGAGUUUACUGGGACAUACAUAGUGAUACAUUCACCUACAAGGUAG